ACUCAGUCUUGAUUCUUCCGUUGCAAUUAUAACUUAUUCCAUGUCACCUUAAUCUUCAGUUUCUUUCUCAAUUUGCCGCAUAUUCUCUCCAUCUCACCAUGGCUUUCUUUUUCAAUCGUGGCCGGUCGCGGCAACCUGCUGAUAUCGUCCGGACAACCAAGGAAUUGUUACUGAGGAUCCAUGACUCCCAGAAUGCUCCCAAGGCCGAAGAGGAGCUGGCUAAGCAACUCAGUCAAAUGAAGGUGAUAGUACAAGGAACACCAGAGGUCUCAGCAUCAGUGGAUCAAGUCCAUGCACUUGUUCAAGCAACCCUUCAAGAAGAUCUACUCUUUGAUCUAUCCAAAAGCAUCCAUUUGCUUCCCUUCGAAGCCCGAAAAGAUACCCAGACCGUAUUCUCCCAUAUCCUUCGGUUUCGGCCUAAUUCAUAUGGCGUCGAGAAGGAUCCUCCAGUCAUCUCAUACCUUGUCCACCAUCGGCCAGAAAUCAUUGUCGAGUUAUGCCGUGGCUACAUGCAGAGUCAAAGUGCAAUGCCAUGUGGCGUCAUUCUUCGAGAGGCAUUGAAAUUCGACGUCAUCACCGCUAUUGUAUUGUACGACCAAUCCAGUGAAGGAGAAUCGGCGAUACGACUAUCAGAUGUGAAGCCUAACCAGCCGCAACGGGGAGAUGGUGUGUUCUGGAGAUUUUUUGAUUGGAUCGACAAGAGCAAUUUCGAAGUCAGCGCAGAUGCGUUCACCACAUUCAGGGAGAUUUUGACCCGCCAUAAGAGCCUCGUGACUUCGUACCUGGCAACCAAUUUUGAACUAUUCUUUGGGCGGUUCAACAGCAUCCUGGUCCACUCGGACUCGUAUGUCACCAAGCGUCAAAGCAUCAAGCUUCUUGGGGAGAUCCUAUUGGACCGUGCGAACUACAAUGUGAUGAUGGCAUACGUGGAGAGUGGAGAUAAUCUCAAACUCUGCAUGAAACUGCUGCGGGACGACCGCAAGAUGGUACAAUACGAAGGAUUCCAUGUUUUCAAAGUGUUUGUGGCCAACCCGACCAAAUCGGUGCCGGUGCAACGAAUUCUGAUCAACAACCGUGAUCGACUGCUGAGGUUUUUACCUAAAUUCUUGGAGGACCGAACUGACGAUGAUCAAUUUACGGAUGAGAAGAGCUUCCUAGUCCGUCAGAUCGAACUCUUGCCCAAAGAGCCUGUAGAUCGGGCUCGGCCAACUCGCGACUCGCCAUCAGCUCACGCAGCUGCUGUGGCUUGAGCUGGAUCUAACGCUGGGUCGCUGGAUUGACCGUUUCACGCCCUUAUGAUACUUUUUCUUUUUGCGCUGGUUCUAGCUGGGGGCUUUCCCCCUUUUUGACUGCAUUGAGCAUUGACAGCUGAUGGUUAUCCAAGCCUCGGCUACAGGAGUUCCACGCGUUUUGUACAUCUGGGGCGUUCAGGGGGGAAUUGGGGGGUUUUAAUUGCAUCUACUCUGUGUUGUCCACGUACUCUAUAGUUGGGUAUGCACGGAUACAAUUGAACAGAUUACCUCUUGAUGUCACAUCCGUUGGGCAAUGAUUCUAAUCUAAGCACCUUAGAACUAGCGUACUCCACC